GUUGUUGUGAGGAGAAACCUAAUCCUCAUUCUAGGGUGGCUGAAACUAGGAAGACCGAACUCUAGGGGGCGCUCGAAAAUCAAAGCCCAACCCACCAGAAAGCUGGACGAGCGCGGUGACGAGCCCGUUAGAACCUCGCUGCUUGCCGUAGCGCACCCGGAAGUGCCCGUGGACCAAGUGUGGAAGAUGCUGCGGGCGCUGCCGCUGCUCAGGUCCCCCCAGCGUGCCUGGUGUUGGGCACGCUGGGCGAGCUCCGCCGGGGCGAACCAAGGCCAAAAGGCGAAACCAGACUGCAGGUACCGCGAGACCGUAUUGCUGCCCCGCAGUGACUUCCCCGUCCAGUUGCCCGGCCGCCUGCAGCCCGAAACUGAGUUGGAGAUCCAGCAGAAAUGUGGCUUUUCAGAUUUGUAUUCAUGGCAAAGAGAAAGGAAAACGAAGAAGGAGUUUUGUCUUCAUGAUGGACCACCAUAUGCCAAUGGAGACCCACAUGUUGGUCAUGCAUUGAAUAAAAUUUUAAAAGACAUCACAAAUCGAUUUUAUGUGAUGAAAGGCUAUAGGGUACAUUAUGUGCCUGGCUGGGAUUGUCAUGGAUUGCCCAUUGAGUUGAAAGCCUUGUCAGAACAUGAAGAAACUAAUCUUUCAGCAAUGGAAAUCAGACAGAAAGCCAAAGAAUUUGCAGAAAAGGUAAUCGAAAAACAGAAAUCAGCGUUCAUUCGCUGGGGCAUAAUGGCAGACUGGGAUAACUGCUACUACACGUUUGACAGGAAGUAUGAAGCAAAGCAGCUGAGUAUUUUUCGUCAAAUGUAUGAAAAGGAUUACAUUUAUCAGGACUAUAAACCCGUGUUUUGGUCUCCUUCAACAAAUACAGCCGUGGCUGAAGCUGAACUUGAAUACAAUCAGCAACAUGUUAGUCGCUCUGUAUAUAUCAGAUUUCCCUUUUUGAAACUGCCUCCAAAACUGGCUUCUAUAUUAGAUGGAUUACCUGCUGUGAGUUUGAUCAUCUGGACCACACAACCCUGGACUAUUCCAGCCAAUCAAGCUGUCUGUUAUAUGCCAGAUUCAGAGUACUCCAUUGUGAAGUGUGCAGAUACUGGGGAACACUUCAUUGUAGCUGCAGACAGAGUUCAGUCUACAGCUGCUGUUUUGGACACACAGUUUGAUGAGAUUUCAACAUUUAAAGGUAUAGAUUUGGAAGGUAGUGUGUGCUCACAUCCCACAAUUCCCGGAAAGGAGUCUCCGCUUUUGCCUGCAAACCAUGUGACCAUGUCAAAAGGGACAGGGUUAGUUCAUACAGCCCCAGCUCAUGGUAUGGAAGAUUACAGUGUAGCUUCUCAUCACCAACUGCCCAUGGAUUGUCUGGUGGAUGAAUAUGGACAUUUCACAGAAGCUGCAGGCCCUGAGCUUCAGAACAAAGCUGUUCUUGAAGAAGGAAAUGAUGCUGUCAUUCAGAUGGUUCAAGCAGCAAAACAUUUAUUAAAAGAAGAGAAAUGCAUACACAGCUACCCCUAUGACUGGAGGACGAAAAAGCCAGUGAUUAUUCGUGCCAGCAAGCAGUGGUUCAUCAACACAGCAAACCUCAAGGCUGCUGCUCAGGAGGCAUUAAAGAAAGUAAAAUUUGUCCCAGCCUCAGUGAUGAAUAGAAUGCUAGACAUGCUGGACAGAAGAACAUACUGGUGUAUAUCAAGACAGAGGCGUUGGGGUGUUCCCAUUCCAGUUUUUUACCAUAAGACAACAGGAGAACCCUUAAUAAACAGAAAAAGCAUUGAGAAUGUUAUUAAAGUAGUGGAGCAGCAUGGCAGUGAUGCCUGGUGGACCCUUCCUAUUGAGCAACUUCUUCCCAGAGAAGCUGUGGCACAGGCUGGUAAGCAUGAUGUCCAUGAUUACAUACAAGGGCAGGAUGUCCUGGAUAUCUGGUUCGAUAGUGGAACAUCCUGGGCUCAUGUUUUGGCAGAUGCAGGUGAAAGGGCUGAUCUGUACCUAGAAGGAAAAGACCAGCUGGGAGGCUGGUUUCAGUCUUCCCUCUUGACUAGUGUAGCAACACGGAAAAAGGCACCAUAUAGAACUCUUGUGGUUCAUGGAUUUACUCUUGGAGAAAAAGGAGAAAAGAUGUCUAAGUCAAUUGGCAACGUGGUUGACCCCGAUGUAGUCAUCAAUGGAGGCAAUGACCACAGCACAGACCCUCCGUAUGGUGCUGAUAUUCUACGCUGGUGGGUUGCCGAGUCGAAUGUCUUCACAGAAGUCCUGAUUGGGCCAGCUGUGCUUAACUCUGCGCGAGACGACAUCAACAAGUUACGGAACACGCUUCGUUUUUUGUUGGGCAAUCUGGCUGGCUUCAAUCCUGAGACAGACUCCGUCCCCACUUCAGAGAUGUAUGUAAUUGACCAGUAUAUGCUGCACCUGCUGCAGGGUUAUGCAAACAAGGUUACUGACGCAUACAAGGAAUAUGACUUUGGGAAAGUGAUCCGAUUGCUGCAGGCCUUCCACUCGCGAGAGCUGUCCAGUUUUUACUUCAGUAUGAUCAAGGACAGACUUUAUUGUGAGGAAGAAAAAGAUCCUAAACGCCGUUCAUGUCAAACUGCCUUAGCAGCGGUUUUGGACACAGUGGUUCGUUCUUUUGCACCGAUCCUUCCACAUUUAGCCGAGGAGGUGUUCCAGUAUCUUCCCUAUAAGAAAGAGUCAAGUAGUGUGUUUCGUUCUGGAUGGAUGAACACAAGUCCUGUGUGGAAGAAACCAGGCCUUGAGGAAGCGGUGGAGGGAGCAUGUGCAAUGAGAGACGCCUUCCUUGGUUCCAUCCCCGGCAAAAAUGCCUUGGAACAUCAGGUGGUCAUUGUGCUGGAGCCUGGGUUGCUCUUUGAAUUAAUGGAGGUGUUGCAACAAGAAGAGUCUUCAAGUACAUCCCAACUGAAUGAAAUAAUGAUGGCAUCACAGACGACCCUGCUGACUGAAGUACCUAGAGAUAUGGUCACAGAUGACAAUCUAAUCAAAGGAACAUUUCUGAUAAAUUUAGAAGGUGGUGAUAUCCGGGAAGAAUCUGCUUAUAAAAUCAUAGUUCUACCAGCUGCCAAAUCAAAAUGCCUCCGCUGUCGAAAGUACACUGCUGAUUCACCAGACACUGCAUGCCCACGUUGCAUGGAAAUCCUUGGUGGGAAAUGAUGCACGUUCAUCUGACAAGCAGGUCUUCGUACUCUAAAGCAGAUGGAACACUUAAAGUUGCUAGACUUGUUUCUGAAAAACGUGAAGAGAUGUAAAAAUGUAUAUCAAGAUGCCAUUUGCUACUGUUUAUUAUAUGAGGGUAGGGUGAAUACUGUGUUUUAAAAAAGCUGGAGUGUGUAUAAUUAAAGCUCGUAUUAAUAAAGUGCUUACCAGA